CUAAAAAAAAACCCCACUGUGCAGUGUUAUCUGAGGAUAGAAAGCUGAGUCAGUAGCGUCGGGUUACUCUCUGUCACUCGGUUCGGGAUAAUCUCUCAGAUUCCCCCUCGCGGCACCGUGACGAUAAUGUAUUGUUCCUCGUGGUGACGGUGUCAUGAUGUGAGUGAAGCUGGAACCGAUUCAAGCGAAGUGGCAAGGCGAUAGGCAGCUAGCUACCGAUCCGAAAUCAGCUGAUCAACACCCUUGUGUAGGCUAAUCAUCGCACGAGUCUGAGUGUGACUGUACUGUGAGGAAAUAAAAGGUGUGAACACCAAGCAUCAGCUAGCCCACUGAGUGCCACCGACGUGACAGAGCAGUGUUCCUUCCAUCCCAUGUAAUGCUGACGUCGGAUGAGCCAAAGGAGCACCUGGAUCGGAACGGCAAGGAGGUGAGCGAAGCUCAGGAAAUCACCAACUUCAGCGUCCAUUUUCGCUCGCUGGACGACAUUCUGGACUUCGGCAGGGGUGACGGCGAAGAUCGAGUGCACCUAUUUGCUGGGCGACUUGCAAGAGACAUUCUGGCUACCAGUACAGUGUUCGCUGAGCAUAAGCCGUUGCGUAUCACGGACAGCGUCACCAGUUGGAUGAGUUCCACCAGUAGUCGAUCUGCUAACGUUAGCUGCGUGCACAACCGACAACAAACUGAAACACAAAGGGAAUCGGUGACGGGUCGCGGAUAUCCGCCUGUCGACUCCCCGUCACUGCUGCUGGAGAAGCGUCGAGACGUCAGUCGCUCUAUUCCUGCCUUGCUCACCGUCACUGUACCGUCACUAUCUCUACUCACAUCUAGCUCCAGUGCUCACGCAGACUUGCAGACCGCACAAACCCACUCCCCGUCGCAGUCGCAGUCGCGUCAGGGCCCCCCAGGCCAGGAGCAAGAAAAGCAGCAUUUGCUCCUGAGUGAGGCUGGAUCUCGGCCCACGGAUAGCAGUGGUACAGAUUGUGUAAAUGCUGCUGCUGCUGCUGGUUCAACCCAGGACGGCGGGGAGUUCCAACGGACUAUGCUGCUGCAUGGCUCAGUUGCAGAGCACAGAAGAGUCACUGAAAGCGCCAGUAUCACUGCUGGCUCUCAUGUAACGGCCAAAGCGAACGGCGGCAUACCGGUAAACGUAUCGGUGACCAGUCGUUACGUAGGUCUACCCCAAAAUCGCACUCCAAAUGCCAUUUCUACUGUCCAACACUGGCAACAGCCGUCAGAAACUGCAGCCGAAAAUGGAACCAGCGCUGCCUCCGCACAAGAAUGUGAAGAUGUUUCGACAAGUGAGCUGCCGAAAGUCAACACGCGGACGAGUUCUCUGCCCAACCACCAACGACUCAAGGCUGUGCCCAGUCCACCUAGGCAAGCACUUGCCAUCCGCAAGUCAUCCUCUCUGAGAGAAACAAGAGCAGCUCCACGUGAUAGACGAUGGUCGUGUGCAUCAGGAGACUUCGCUCCUGCAUCGUCCAGCUUCGCCAUAGACCAUCGCGUGGCUCUUGGGGCACGCUAUGCAUCAGAAAAAUCUCUUCAGGCAGCCGAGGUCAGUCCCACACCUUUCCAGCUCUUGCAGUCCCAGAUGAGUGCAGAGGGACUCUUUUCAUCGCGCACUGAAGCCAUGUCGCAAAAGCAAGCGCAGCAUCAUCAUCAUCAUCAUUAUCGCGGCCGGAGUUCUCUCAACCUGGCCAGAGGUAUGACAACUGCGGACAAUAGCACUUCAAACAAUAGCAGUACUGCACGUGCAGCUGGAAGGAAGGCUGGAGCUCGCGGCAGCAAAAAGCGCAAUGCCUUGUCCCGCUUCUGGCAUCGUUUGUUCCGACAUGGCAGCAGCGGCAGCACGCUACGUGAGCCAACGACAGAACGAAAGUCGGUCACGUCGCGGUCGUCCGCUGGCGAGUGGGAAGAGAGCAGCGGACGCAAGAUCUUUCCUUCGAUGCGGACACAUCCGAACGGGGAAAAGAGAGGCAGCCAUCGCACAGGGCAGCGCACGACUCAGAAUCACAUGGGUGUACAUCGCACACUCAGUCCUAUCAGAAGUAUAACACUGCCUGCAGUGACAGCCAAUCAAAGGAACGUUGUCUCUAUCCAGAACUCGAUUGCUUCUGGCUGUAACGAGUCUUCAUCAACUAGCCCUUCAUCAGCAGAGCAGGGAGAAAUUUUGGCAGAGAGUUCUGCGGCAGCGCUGCCCAAACACGAUUCUGCCCACAACAACGUUAGCAAAAAGCAUUCCGGGCUUGCACCACAUCCUGUUGAGCUGAAGCGACAAGGCAGCGUGAGGAUCUCGCUGCGCCGAGGCAUGGACAUGCUUCGCACUAGAUUGGGCUCACGCAAGCGGCCAAAGCCGAGAACUGGUACCCGGAGCGGUGGGCAUACACGUGAAUGCAACCCAGCCAGUAGCAAUGGUCUUGAGCAGCCAGGAAAGCAAGCUGGCGCAGAAGAGCGGAGACCUCGGGCAGAAACUUCACUUGCAGCAGGCGGCGGUGACGAUGGCAAUGAUAUGGUUUAUGUAGUGUCGGACGAUGACCAGUAUACACCGGGUGACAUUGUGUCUAUUGGCGGAUACUCUGGCUCCAGUCAGUCACUUGAUGGUAUUAUAGUGACGUCGGACAACAGUGAAGCAAGGCCUCCAUUCCAAAUCCAAUCUAAUUGUACUAAACAUCACAUCGGCAAUUUGAGGAAUGACUCCGAGAGCCCGCAGGGCACUGUAUCGCCAGGACAGUCCGGAGAGCCGCCUUGGAAGGCUCUGGCCGCGUGUGACAAUCGCAAGAGCAAGCACCCUAACGCACCCGAGGUGCGUAUCAAUCCGCCUGGAGAUGGUGAGGAUCAUAAUAACACACCAGCGGUGCCUGCACCCGUAGUCACGAAACGCCAUCUGCCACCAGGUAAGCGGCUUCUUCGCGCAGAACGCUCUAAAUCCGUGGAGGGCACCACGUUUGACGUCGCGCAGCAUAUGGACUUUUCGGCAAUACGCGGCAAGGGCAUUCCCAUAUCGCCGAGUUGGUCUGCCUCGCUGGAGCGAGGCUACACGCUGGGACCCGGUGACGGUUUCUCUUACAGUGAUGGAAGGCAAAUGCUGGCCGCCAGCUCUGUACGCCGUGCCUCCUCUCAGCGCCUCUCCAUACCUGGCUUUCAUACAAACGCCGUCUCUAACAGUCUUCUCGCGCCCGAGUCGCACUCUCCAUCUCGCUCCCUUUCCAACCUGCUGAGCAUAGUCGGAGUGCGCAAGAACAGCACGCAGAUCAAUAGUGAUGCAGCUGCAGCCGCUGCUAAGCAUUCGCUCGUGCCACCUGGCGUCAAUGGUGGCCGACAGUAUAUGUCAUCGGAGACCCUGUCCUUCUCCAGCGGGUCUAAAGAUGGUGAAUACGGCGGUGGUCGUGUGGUGGUGGAUCCCAGCCAGAUAGACUCUGGCAUCUGUACAUCAGUGCCGCGCACCAUUCUCGAGCCACCCACUAAGAGCAAGCAUGAACUGACGAAUGAGGAUUAUCGCCAGCAUGUGGUCUGGACGCUUCUGGAAACGGAGCACAGCUACCUGACCAGUCUGCAAACGCUAUGCAAGGACUACUUCAACCCGCUGCGCCGAAUGAACAACAUUGACCAGCAGAUGGUGGCGGACAUCUUUGGUGACAUUCCCCUGAUCAUGCUGCAUCACAACCAGCUCUACUUUGACCUGAAGAACAGGGCCGACUCCUGGACAAAGGAGGACGCUGAGGCGAGGACCAUUGGCGACAUCAUAACCAGUGCUUUUUCGUUUGGUCAGCUCGCAGAAGCCUACUCGUCGUAUGUGAUCAACUAUGAGCAUUCUCAGGAAACGCUACGCAAUGCGGCAACGUGUCGCCCUCUUAUCAAGUUUAUAGAGAGUCGAAACAAGGAGAAUGAAGGCAAGCAAACACUGUCUGACCUACUUGUGAAGCCAGUGCAGAGAAUACCACGCUAUGGUUUGCUGAUCAAGGACCUACAACACUACACACCACCAGACCACCCUGACCAUGGUCUGCUCCUGUCAGCAUUUGCCGAAGUAGAGUCCUUGGCAGACAAGCUGGACCGUGGAGUGAAGCAUGCCGAUCAGUUGGACGACAUGCGCAAGAUUGAGCUCUGCUUCCAAGGGGCAUUGCCUGGGCUAAUGUCUGCCGACCGUUACCUGGUGCGUCGGGAUAGGAUAUCCGAGCAGGUGGCCAAGUCUGGCUACAAGGAGCGAUGGCUGUUCUUGUUCAAUGACUGCAUUGUCUGCGCCACGAUGAGACGGCGGACUGGCAACAGGAAGCCCAUGGCCAUGUCAAUGUCUUCUGGCACACUUACAGACCCGGACGUUGUGCGCUACAAGCUGAUGUGGCGAGCACCUCUUCAGGACGUCUGUGUCAUUCAGUCCCAGAAAGAUAAGAUGCUGGAAACACAGUCGAAUGAGAUACUACAACGCCUGCAGGAUGACCUGAAUGCCCUGAGUCAGAUGAACUCGCUGUGCAACAGUUUAUCUAUAGCAAGGCCUGCGUCAACGGCAGUCAACAAUCUGCAGCUCAGCAUCGGUGCAGUGCUGAAGGAAAUCAAUAUGGUCAUCGACGAACAGAAGCAUGACCGUGAUGUGGCCACGCUACACAUUGCUAUCGAAAGCAAGUCAUCAGGUCUUAUCGAUCACAAGAUGGCAUUUGCCACGGUGAAGGACAAGACUGAUUGGAUUGUGGCCUUCUCUGAAAAUAAGGAAACUGUUGUUGCAUCUCUGGGAGGCGCUUCGGCUUGGUGUACUCCGGAUGAUCUUGACGAGAACUCUGCACAGCCGGUGAUGCCUUUGCCGGCCUUCUCGGCAGCCAUGCCAGUCUUGAAGACGCGUAGUGGUAUGCAGAUAACAUGCUCAAGUCCCAGUGUUGGAGCCAGGAGACUAACGCCGUACGCUGUGGAUGCGAAGGCUAAUGGGCAACUCUGGAUUUGCACCAGUGAUAGAGAUGUCGGACAGAUCUGUAUGGUUUCUAUGGAGAAAUCUUCACCGAUGCUGUCGGCCUGUAUUGCUGUGCCUGAUGGCAAGAUCACAUCCAUCAUGGCCGUGCCCGAGUACGUUCCACCCUCCGUCAGCGAUAGCCUGGCCAGAAUACAAUGUGCGGCUGAGCGGGACAGCAGUGCUGUUGCGAGUGACAGCGAGUUUGAAGUGGUCAGUGAUGCGGGCACCGAUGCCCUGGCCGAUGACGAGACAUCGCUGAAGCAGAGCCUCGACCCCAGCAGUCCGCGGCGCGGCCCACAGCAGCCGGAGAAGCGCCUCAGCACUGAGCAGCUGACGUUCUUGCGGACAAAGCUGUCGACGGCUCUGCUGCUGAGCUAUCGCAAUCGUCUUCGCCUGCCCAGCAUGGUGAUGGAAGAACGCGAGGAUAGCGACUGGGAGAAACUCUCGUCGUUUGGUGAGAGGAGUCGAGCACUGUCAGUGUUGAGCAAUGUGUCACUGAGGGCAUUCAGUGAUGAUCCCCUUGGCAAUGAUGAACUAGAGUCACUGUAUUCGUCGGCAUCGCUGCUGCGUGUGCUGAGCGUUACACCGGGUCUUCUCGGCGAUGACGCUCCUUCUGAGAAGGGUGACACGAAUCAUGGCGAGUCCGAUGAUGGUUUCAAGAUGUCCAUCGCUCCUGUCAAGCGAUUGCUGGUUCAGAGUCUGAGCGACGGUGUUCUGUUGGAUUUCGGAAAUCGUAUGUCUGCUGGCGAACAUGCGCCGCUGUCACGUACCAAGAGCAACAUCCCCUCCACGUCGGAUCUCCACAAGGUCCCCGAGAUGAAAGAGCUACUAAAGCACUUGCAGGCACAGCAGGGUAGCAGCACCCCGCUACAGGCUCAGCUCAGCCAUGCAUCGUUACUGUCCACGGCGUCGGACUUGCUCGAGGCACCGCCAAAGGAAGACGGCUCCAAUGAGUGGCUCCAGCCCGAGCCAGCUGGUCCGGAGUGCGCUGGAGACGAACUGGCCGAGGUGAAGCCACUGCUGCAGAGAAAGAGCCUGAGUGAUGACGAGGAAGCGGAUACUGUUGCUAUCCCGUGCGGCAACAGAAGGUUACGACCGGACGGCAGCACGAGCGACAGGGACGAGCCUCUGGAACUUCCAAGCGCAAAGGGAACAGCACGUGUGCCGAUUGCUGUCAAGCGUCUGAAGCCUCUGACUCGCCGCCUCUCCGCACCGGCCGAAUCUCCCACGCGCCUUUCGCUGAAGAACGUCAAAUCACCCGAGGAUGUGUUUGAGGCGCAUGGUGGCAAGCGGCUGACAAGCGCUGUUCAGAAUCUCUUGAAACCAUCCAGGAAGGUGCGAAAGCCUCCCCUGCGUGCAACAAAGUCAGGCAGUGCCUCAUCAACCGAUCUUGAAAAUAGCCCAGCACACUAUCUUGCCCGUGCUUCUCGCCCAGUGAAAACUGAAGGAUUGCCUAGUUCAGUGACGAACAGUGGCGUAACGCUGAAUGACAGGGGUGAUAGCCAGUCGGUGAGCCCGGCCAUCAUCUUGUCUCGCGAGGCGGACGUCCAGCGCAGUGGCAGCACUGCUAGUCGUCACAGCAUAGGUGUAAUGCAACGUAGACCGACUGAAUCACUGCAGCUUGCCAGUCGGAGAGCCCGCAAGCACCGCAGUCGCUCCCUACCUCAGGUCAUCAUCAGCUCGCACACGAACCUUUCCUCCGGAGCCGGCUCGAAUGCAUCGUCGUCGGAUGCAGAGGGCGAUGGCAACUCUGACCACAACCCAACCAUGUGGCUAUCAAUGAGUCAAGGACUACUGUGCAUCUACAGAGCUGGCGACAGUAGUCAGAUGCGCCAGAGAAAGACGGUGCUGAAGCUCUCCAGCAAUGUCAAGUGCAUGUGCUACAUGGAUGGCUGUGUGUUCGUGUCAUUGGAAGGAGGUCAGCUACUCCAGUUCUGCCGUGGACUGAAUGGCAACUGGGACACGUCGUCGGCUGAGCUGAUAGACGUGGGAGAGCCUGAAGAGGUGGUGACCUGCAUGACGGUCGUGGACCGGCACUUGUGGUGUGGUGUUGGCAAGUGCGUGCAUGUCAUUCACCCACUAGAGCGGGAGGUAGAGGCAUGGUUCAGUGUUACAAAGUCACCUGACACAGCGGCGCAGAUCACCGACAUGGUGUGCAACGAGAAUGCCGUGUACGUGGCUACAAGCACCAGUCCCGUGGUGACCGUCUAUCAUGCCACUAGUCAUCGCUUGCUAGCAGAGGUCAACAUACAGCCGUGUGUGCAGUAUCUACUUCAAGGCUGCAACUCCAUUAUCAAGCAGCACAAGACACGCUGCCUGCGCAUCACGGUGAUGCACUCGUACCGCUCAACUGUCUGGAUCGGCACCAGUGCCGGCAUUGUGCUGCUCGUACCGGCCCUGCACGCUGACAAGGACGACUCGACGACCAACGGCGACGAGGUGAUUCAACUGCGCUGCCAUGGCUCUUUCCACGGACACACUGGUCCAGUCCGGUUCAUCACCACUGUCGAACGUCCGGCGACUGCAAGCAGCUCACAAGCAAACGGUGGCAACGGGGUAGGCUCCAACUCUCAGGGAAGCGAGGCAUGUGCAGAGGUGCCGGCACCGUCAGCUUCAGCAGCAGCGCCGCCAGGGCUGCCUCCACCGUCGGUUAUGUCUCUUGUUUCCAACAGCAUGCGCUCGUCAAUGUUUCUCGUCGAUCACGACACCAUACGGCGAGCAAAGAAACCGUUACCCAUGGUCGCCGCCGAAGCUUACCAGCCUCUUGCCGAGGUGGAAGCCAUCGUAGUGGCUGGAGGCGACGGCUGCGAAGAUUUCCACGUCUCGUCCAUGGUGGAAAACGAGGAGAGUAGCUUUGACACCGAUGGCAGUCACAUUCUAAUGUGGCGUGUUGACUAGAGGCUCGUAUCAUUGUACUGUGUUGCCACGCCAGGUGUCGGUGAAGGAUUAGCGGGAUAGACCGCAAGUCGCUGCUUGAAUCCCAUUGAUUGCAUCAAUCGGCUCAAUGCCAUGUCAUCGGCGUGCUGAUUUGUCCCUUGGUCCAAAGCGAUGGGAUGGACAGGCGACGUUUCAAGCUGAUCGAGCCAGCCACCUUAGUCACCACUGAACAAGAAGGCGGUGCAUGCGUGGCACCCACUGAGGUAUUGGCUCACACCGGGAGUCCUUUUAUCAUAUUUCCUCAAUUUUGGAGUUGGUCCGUCCAUGCAGAACUGGACUUGUAGACUGGGUACACGACGAGUACAUUAUGUUUACUUGCAUUUCCAUAAAGUUUAUCUUAUUUCUAUCUCUUUUGCACUGGUCUUCUGAAGAUUGUUUACUCAGCAUCAGCUGAUCUAUCGAGGCACCGACUCUGGUUGCAUCUAUUAAUAUAGCAGGCACUUGAGCUUGAUCAAUGACACGUGAAAAAGACUGCCUGCCGAAUUGUUUCUACCCUAUCGUAGGAGACCAGCUUUAACUCUGGAUGGCCAAUCGGACUCGGUUUCAACUCGUCUCUGUGUCCAGUUGCUGUGUCUGGUGACACUUGUUGUACACACCGUCACGCACCGUGUUGAGUCUCACUGGCUAGUACUUGUUUAUGUCGCAACCAGCGCCUAUGUUUGUGCUGUCGGCGUGUGUAUUUAUGGUUUGUGAUUGAUGUUCAUCUCUUGUUCAUCACAUGUUCGUUAUCUCCUGACGAAAGAAUUCAAGAACGAUUUUUUUUAA